UGUUGGUAGGUGGCGCUAAGUCAGAUGUCGUGUCAACAUGGCGGCGAAUGGAGAAAGCAUGACCGGUGAAAAUGAAACUGGUGAUGAAACCGUAUCUUCAGCAGACCAUACAGAAGUCGAAUGCUUUACGGUCGAGGUUUUGCAAUUAGUGAAAGAAGCACGUCAGCAACAUGGCCUUAGACAUGGAGAUUUUCAGAGAUACAGGGGAUACUGUUCAAGAAGGAUCCAUCGUCUUAGAAAAUCUUUGCAUUUUCCUCAAGGCACAAAACACAGAGUGCAGCCAAAAAAGAUCCAAGUGGAUAAUUUGACAGAUGUCAGAUUUCUACAUUUGCCACUGUUUUGUGCCGAAAGAGCAUGGUUUUAUGCUAUGCAGUUAAAAGCGGAAGCCAACACAGAGCCUCGAAAGCGCUUUCAUAUGAUGUCACGCAUAAGGAAGGCAGUUGCCUACGCAGAGGAGUUUCAGGAAUUAUGCAAAAGUCCAAAAUGUGAUGCUAGAACCAAAUUAGAAUGCCAGGGAUAUGUCGUGUGGAUGAAGGCUGGGUUGCAAUUUGAGAGUGAAAACUGGGCCAGUGCCAUUGAACACUACACAGAAGCAAAGACAAUAUAUGAGAAGUUGGCCAGUGCAUUCACAGAGGAACUACAGUCUGUCUACCUACAACAGGUGGAGGAAGUGACACCUAACAUACGCUACUGCGCCUACAACAUCGGUGACGAGUCCGCCAUCUCAGAACUCAAACAGAUGAGACGCAAGGGAGGAGAGAAUCAGUUCACUUCUCAUCUGGAUGAUUUGCUGUCUCAAACCAGAGAGAAGCAGGCAGCCACUCUCUCGGAGUUUCCAUGGCGGGGACGCACAGUACCUGUAAAAAGUGAGCCUGUUCGUCUGUUCCUGCUUAACCUACAGGAGAGCAUCAAGGAGAUUGAGAGUGCAGAGAGCACUGACAGUAAAGUGUCAAUCUACGAGAGUUUGCUGAAGCAGUGUAUUGAUGCUCAGCAAGUCCUCCGUGAUGCCUUACAGGAAGACGCUAACUUUAAAUCAGCCAUCCGAGGACAGCCGAUAGAAGGGAAGAUAUCUAAUCAACAUUACCUUCACACCUAUCUCACCUAUACACGGCUCACCAAGACAGUAGAACGUAACCUGCUUCUUAUAGAAUCACUAAAAAACUACCUACCUUGGAAACAGGUACAGGAAGGUAGAAAGAUCACCAAACCUCAGGAUUUAGUCAGGUUGUACGACAUAAUGAUACAGAAUCUUUCAGAAAUUCCAGGUUUACCUGGUCUAGAAGAGGAAUCAUCACUAGAGGAAGAAAUGGAAGCCAGGAUAUUAGGUUUUAAAGCAUUUAGGUCAUAUUAUAUAGCUCAGUCAUAUGUUGGAGCCAAGAAGUGGACAGAAGCUAUCGCAUUGAUGGAGAGAUGUCUUACAUACAUAAGUUCCUCUAGGGAUAGUUACAAGAAAUUACCGAAGACAACGGCAAUACUGUACAAGGGCGAGAUGGAUAGUUUAGGAGACGUAGAAAAGCUAGUGGAAGGAGAGAAGUAUUCCUGUCACGCCAGAAGUAUAUUGGACGUCAAUGAUGUUGCUGACCAAUUUAGUACGAUGUCUUUUAAUUCUAAAACGCCUCUGGCAGACCGCCUUGACCAGUAUGUAAAUGACAAGUCACUGACCAGUAAGAAACCCAACGUAACUUCCUUCCCACCAGACUUUGAACCAAUUCCAUGUCGGCCACUGUUUUUCGACCUUGCUCUGAACAACCUGGAGUUCCCGUCCCUGGAGGACAAAGUGGAACAGAAGAAGGCUGGUAGCGGUAUCACUGGUAUGGUGAAGGGCUGGCUGUGGGGUGGCGGCAAGAAGUGAACCUCACAGUGAUGAUGAACAGUUUCUUCUGGAGAUUGUGAAAUGUUAAAUAUGUGUUAACUUCAAAUGCGUGGAUUUAAAAACUCUAAUAUAAAGAGCUGAUGUAUAUUUACAACAGAGUUUUUUUCUUCCUUUUUAGUGAAAAUAGAUUUUUUUUAACUUUGCUUCUGAUUCUGUAAUUAUGAUUAAAAGUACUUUGUAAUUAUUAUGGAAAUGGACACAUUUAAAGAAAUGCAUUAUCUGUUAUUUGAUGAGACCAAGAAUGCUACCUAAAGACAUGAGUUUCCAGAUAGGCAGAAUGGUGCACAAUUAUGUAAUAUAAAUUAAAAUGAUUUGAAAGGGGACUAAA